CUCUUGUGUUGCUUUUGUAAAUGUAAUUUGUUCCUCAUUGAGCAAAAUCAAAUCAAUGUAUUAAAAAAAACAAAUUGAAUCACAGCUAUUAUUCUAUUUAAGUGAAUCAGAACUCAGAAGAUUUAUUCCUAGAAAUACGGGAGUGAAUGCUUUGAAUAGACGAUAUUAUAGUGAGGGUUCGUGAAUAAAUGUUGUUUUCUUGAUUUGCAAUGAACAAACUCGAAAAUAUGAAGUUCGUAAAUAGACUUGAUGCCUGAACCGAGUAUAAAAAUAACAUUGGGUUGUAGGACGGACGUCUCUACAUAAUACCCUAAUUUAAACAUACUUUUAUCAUGUCUUUGAAGAGUUUCUUCAUUUUUAUUGCAAUUAUUGUUUUGGGCAUUGAUGGUGCUUUACCAACUGAUCAUCAACUUCCACCCCGCCCGAAAGGAGGAGGGGUAACCACUCAGUUUUGUGAGUUCUACAACAACACACUCCCAGAGCCAUGCGACAAAAGUAAAAAUGAUACAUGUGUGCCAAAUGUAGUAAAAGAAGAAUGUCAAGCAUUAGAGGUAGAUAAAAGCAAUCACUGCUUUACUCUGUGGCAGUAUGAUAAUAUAACAAAUACUGCAAUAGUCAUGUUCAAAGGAUGCUUCCUUGACACUGUUGCAUGCAAUGACAGAGCUUCAAACUGCCGUCUGCAUAAUAUGAAAUUACCUCUUCUUCAUUGCUGUUGUGAGGGAGAUAUGUGCAAUGAAAAUUCAACAUUCCCAGGCCUUGAAGCAAGUCUGUCUCAACAGACUGAAGCUCCAACUGAUUUAGUUCCUGCUUCCCCAUUGCCAACAAAUAAUGAUGACACCAAAGCUGUGAUAGCAUAUACCCUGACUCCAUUGUUCCUACUGUUCAUGAUUCUAAUUGCUUGCUAUUUAUUGUAUAGAAAACGUAAGGGUAGUUCAUUUGCCGAGUUAGCCAGUGCUGAGGCAUCACUAUCAAGACCACCCUCAGCCAGCACUGGGAUGGAAAAUGAAGGUGUUAGUUUACUGGAGCAGGUCACUUUGUGUGAGAUAAGAGCUCGAGGAAGGUUUGGAGCUGUGUGGCGAGCUAAGUUUGGGCAAAAGGAUGUUGCAGUGAAAGUUUUCCCGUUACAAGACAAGCAGUCUUGGGUAGCAGAGCAGGAGAUAUACAGACUACCUAGAAUGGACCACCAGGACAUAUUACACUACAUUGGUGUUGACAAAAAAGGUGACAACUUACAGGCUGAAUAUUGGCUCAUCACAGAAUAUCAUGAGAAGGGUUCACUUUGUGACUAUCUGAAAGCUCACACAUUGACCUGGCCGGAAGCAUGGAAGAUAGCCACUUGUGUUGCCAGAGGUCUCGCCCACUUGCAUGAGGAAGGUGGUGGUAAACCAGCAAUUGCACAUCGGGACUUCAAAUCCAAGAAUGUUCUCCUAAAAUCAGACAUGAGUGCUUGUAUUGCUGACUUUGGACUGGCUCUGAUCUUCCGCUCUGGUCAUGGAUGUGGGGAUACUCAUGGGCAAGUUGGAACACGUCGGUACAUGGCGCCUGAAGUGUUAGAUGGUGCUAUCAACUUCACAAAAGAUGCAUUCUUGAGGAUUGAUAUGUAUGCUUGUGCUUUGGUACUUUGGGAAAUAGCAUCAAGAUGUGAAGAGCGCGGUAACGACCCGACGGCCCAGUAUCGUCUGCCGCUGGAGGACGAGGUGGGCUCCCACCCCGGCCUGGAGGAGAUGCAGGAGACCGUAGUGCAGCGGAAGAUGAGACCGCACAUUCCGCCGCAGUGGAGGGACCACCGUGGUUUAAGCGUGCUGUGUGAUACCAUGGAGGAGUGCUGGGAUCACGACGCCGAAGCGCGUCUCUCCGCUUCAUGCGUGCUCGAGCGAAUCGUAACCUAUCGUCCAUCUCAACCCCACUCGGCACCGGACACAACGCCCCUUCUCAUUCACGAGCUCAACGAGACGUGCUGACCCCUCACCGUACACGAUCUGCCGUUGAUACAGUUCUGAUUGUGAGUGAUUUCAAAUGAGACUUUAAAAUUUUAGCAAUAACGUUUAAUUUACAUUUUUAAAAAUGUAUUGGACCUCUCACUUCCACUCGCCGAAAAACCCUUUUAACAUACGAGAUAGAAAACGUCGAAAUGACACUUCGUUCCGUCGCGUCGUGCGAAUAGUUUUAAAUUCGGCGUUUGAAUUCGAGACUACUAACAGAGUUACAAUGGCCAUUUUUUUAACUGUCAAACUUUUUCCUCGCACUCAUCUGGAGCCAUAAAAUGAAGUAUAUAGACACUAAUUGUACAAAGUAGAAACAAGACAUUAUUUUUUCUGAGAAUUAGAUGCAAUAUGCGUACUAUAAAUAAAUUAUUAUACUUCUCACUAGCACAUUACCGAAGACAUUGCCCCUUGCAAUUGUAUAGCAAUCGAAAGUUACAGAUUACAUUGUAAGGGGUAGUUUUAGUUAUUACUAGUCUGAUAUAGUUAAUGUGCCAUAUUAUGUGGAACUAUUUUUUUAAAGUUUUAUUCAUGUAUUUUAAUAAUAUAAUUGUGUUUAUUAUUUGCAAUUAAAUUAUUUUAAAAUGACAUAUCGAACUUGAACAAUUGCAGGACUUAUAAUUUUAUUUAUUGACAAUAUUUGAGUCUAAAAUUCACUAAACUGUUUUUUUUUAAUUAUUGUAAUUACUUGUUUUUGUAUAAACAGUAAGAAAAGUAAACUAUUUUGAUUGAAAUAGAUCGCAAUAAGUAUAUAGUAAAAAUGUCAGUAAUUAAGAGAUGAAUUUUCAAUUUUCAUAAAUUAUGGAAUGUUAUCACCUUGCCUCCUUACCAAAGGAAACAUACAUUCAUCAUUGUAUGAUAAUAUACACUAACGCACCUAUAACUACAACCAACCAACACGUGUUUCACAAUCAAACAGCCUCGUUGCUCUUUCAAUAAAAAUCAUGAAAAAUGAUUGUUGAAUGAUAACGAAGGACCUUGGGAAAGAAUUGCUUGUGUGCACGUGUAUAUUUUUGGCAUUAUGUGUGUUUUUUCCUUUUGGAGAUAGGAUUUUAUCUACAAUAUAUUACUAUACAUUUUGGAACGGGCUAUUUUUUAUAAAUUAAUUUAUAAACCUAUUUUGACUUUUGAGUUGCAGUUCAUAUUAUUUUAGGUGACAUGCCGAAAGAGUAUACUCAUAUUGUUAUAUAAAGAUUAUAAAUUGGAUUUUAUCGAAAACUUAUUAGUAAUUUGUAUGUUAUUCUGUCCAACGUUAGAUUUUAGUUCGUUUAAGCUUUUAUAGUUAAAUAUAUUUUGCUACUGGUUCAAUAUAUUAGAAACAUUUAAUUUAAGUAUGAAUGUAGUUUAUUUUGAUGAUUUUAUAAAAUUUAUUUUAAUACGGGAUUUAACUUUUUUGGGAAUGUAAGCAGAGGUUAAGAGCUUUUUAGAUAUGUUCAGUUUAAAAAAAACAUAUAAUUUAAAAGAGAAAUAUAAUCAUAGUAAAAUGUAAGAUAUUUAAUUUAAAAGACUGUUAAUUUUAUUGGUUUUCAGCAGGAAACAGAUAACUAUAGGGAAUCAGUUAUUGUCAGUUAUAAAGCCGUUGUAAAAUGGCUUAAAUGAAUUUCCAAUCAUAUGUUUUUAAUGAAAUUUCUACAAAAAUGUCAUAAAUCUGCAACUUUGAUGUGAAGAUUGUCUGUUCGAGAAAAAAACAUAAUUGUAAAAUGUCGCGGGUUUAUGUAUAUUUGCGAUAUUGUGCGUAUCUCGUUUAUUGUUGUUAGGCAUCUUGAAGCGUUUAUAAUCUAGGUGGUGUUUUUAUGUGUGUGAAUGAUAUACAAAAGUGUUUUGCUUGUGUUUCAGCAGCUUGUUAUUGAUUCAUGUUUUAAGCAAUAUUUUAUUAACUAGUGUCUUUGCAUUUGUGCCUUUUGCGUUUGUUAUCAAAUGUUUAUAAUAGUUGACGUUUUACGAUUAGAAUAAUUUACGGUUUCACAUUAUUUUUGCAGUUCCUAACUGAAGUACUCUGUGUUAACAUAAGGUGUGCUUUUACUGAGAGUACCUACAAGACAAUUUUUAAUAUUACCUUGGAUAAAUCUAAUAAUCUUAUAAAUAUAUAUCAACUUAAGGUUGUGUUAAUACGACUAAAAGAUUUAUAAGAAUUAUUGAAUAUACUUAUAGGAACGUACCUAUAAAAAAAAAAUAUUAUACCUACGUAGAGCAUGCCUAAAAUGGCAUGGCUAGAUUAAUUGGCUUAGAAACGACGGUGGCUGAAUUUUUUUAACGGUUAUUUUUACUUACUUUUUGUUCUCGCCUACUUUUAAAACAAAAAAACAUAUUCACAGUUGAAAUAUGUAAUGCAUGAUAAUUUAACACUGGCUGGGUUAUAUGAUUAAUAGAUUUAUCGUAAGAUAAAAACAUUUUGUUUAUUGAAAAAAAUCAUACAAUUCACUAGUUGUUUUACAAUAAAUUCAAUGUGACCCGUUUGGAGAUAUCAGACUGAACAAUGCCUAGUAUCUGAUAUGUGAUGUGUAUAACUUUCCAAAAACAAUAAGCAAUUAUUGAAGAAUUCACGGAGCAAUAGUUUCAUUGAUUGACAUAAAAACAUACAGCAUCUGUACGCCGAACUUCAAGAAAAACUUGUAAAUAACCGAAUUAUAAAGUUUUUCACUUCAGUCCUACAACAACUAUAACAUAAUAUAAUAUAUAGUUUUGUAACUAAAUAUAUAAUUAAUUAAAUUCAUCAUAUCGAACAUAGAUAUAUAUUGUGUUCGACGCAUAAAGUUCUUAUUUCUUUAAUAAGUACGUACUAAUUAUUGGCUCAUAACUUACCCACUAAUGUGUCAUAAAUAUUUGUGAUCUUUUUGCGAGAUCAAAUAAGAGAAAGUGAGUAACGAGAAACAAAUAAACAAACAUACAAAUUAACCACAUUUGAUACAUUAAAUCAUACAGACAUGUUUAAUUUCAUUCAAGAAGAAAGUUGAAGCGAUAAAAUUGGAAAAGUGUCAAACAUUUGUUUGAUAGCUUUUUAUCGCUUCGAUUCCAUUGAAAGUCUGUUAAAUCGCUGGUGACAAAGCAGUUGAUAAAAUCGAACCGUAUGAAGCCGUCCUACAUCUUCUAUCGAGAUUCUACUAUUGGUACAACAACUUCCAACCAAUAGUACUCUGUCGAUACUAAUAUUAAUAGUUGUACUUCUAAACUAUAACAUUUUUUUUAUAUUUACACUCAAAUUAUCAAAACCCCAAUUUAGACAUACUCUAACAUACAUAUAAACAUCAUGACUCGGAAACAAACUUUUGUAUUCUUUAUAUAAAUGUGUGCACUACUAGUGAUUCGAACCCAUAAGAGGUUAUAGGGUUACCAAGUAUAAAGUUACGCGGUUGUACAAUUAUUACCAGUGGGAGACUCCUUUGCACAGGAUGCCGGCUAGAUUAUGGGUACCACAACGGCGCCUAUUUCUGCCGUGAAGCAGUAAUGUGUAAGCAUUACUGUGUUUUGGUCUGAAGGGCGCCGUAGCUAGUGAAAUUACUGGGCAAAUGAGACUUAACAUCUUGUCUCAAGGUGACGAGCGCAGUUGUAGUACCGCUCAGAAUUUUUGGUGGUUUUAAGAAUCCUGAGCGGCACUGCAUCGUAAUGGGCAGGGCGUAUCAAUUACCAUGAGCUGAACGUCCUGCUCGUCUUGCCCCUUAUUUAUAAAAAAAAAAAUAUUAUUGUUCUAGUAAUUGUUACUGAUGCUAGCAUAAAAUAAUAAUUGAAAGAAAUCUUUGCAGCUGGCCCGGAGUUGAAUAACAAUAAUUUACUUUUAAUGUAUCAUAAACACAUCAAACUAUGUCUCAAUGUAACUGGAAGUUCGAUAAACAUCUAAGGUUUGUAAAAUAUCACUGGAUUCCACAAUUGGUAUCCAUAGCCAAGAGCAUAUCACCUAUGUAUAGACUAAUAAAUUGCCAAAUGUAAAUAUAGUGUAGUAUUAGAAUUAUGUUGAAAAGUAUUAAGUUAUGGACGCGGUAGGAUAUCAUUGUUUAUGGUAAGGAAAGUAAAAAUAAUGUAAGCGUUUGACAACCCUAUUGUAAUGUGCUACGCAUGAAAAUAUAUCGCGUUAAAGUAAUAUAAUAUGUUGAAAAAUAUACUUAUUAUGCAUACGACAGUAAUAAGUUUUAAAUUAAAUUUCUGAGGUGAAAUAUAUACUUUCGGAAAGGUUUUCUUCUAAUUUUACUUUACAAAUACUAGGUACGUGAACAGCCACGCCUGGAGAUGAAGAUUCAAAAAUUGCAUUUGACUCCACUCUCACUUUGUGUUAAAUGCUAUCACAGCAAUUCAAAUUUCUUUGCACUUUCUUUUCACUGCAUUAUUAUCAAAAUAAUGUAUAUUUUUAUUAAUGACAGGUCCGAAAUUGAAAUGUAUAUAAUUUCUUUAAUUGCAACAGUAUUAAUUCCAUCUUGUUCAUUAUACAUUACUGUUCUAUCUCCCAAGUAAUUUUGUUUUCUUUUUAAAUCCAUUCCGUUUUGCAAUUUAAUAUCAAUCUCUCAAAAUUGCAGAAAGUUAUCAGAAUUUUAAUAUUACAAAAAUAUGUACCAAAUUUGAAAUUAAAUAAAGCUACACGCAACGAAACAUUUUAGAUGUUUUUUGGUUAUUAAUGUUUGAUAACGUGUUUUGGUUUGAGCUGAUGACUUCGUUAGCAAUACUCAUAAUAAAAAAAUAUGGCCGGUUUUUGUUUUAUUCUAACAAUUGUCAUAUUUGUAUGUGGAGCACAUUAUUAUACUCAGGGUUGCGUUAUUUAUAAUCAUGUCAUAAUAUCGUGGCCUACAUAGCCAUAGUUAAAUAUAAAUUAAGACAAAUUGUAAAUUAGCUGUAUAUUUUAUGCUAGGACAAUGUCGGAAUAGCCAUAGACUAGGACUUCUUUUCUAUCCUUUGCUUUUUGUUCGUGAAGUGACGCUUAACGAUUGAUUUUGGCGGUCUAAAAAUCCACCCCUUUUAAAUAACACAAGUUCUUGUUUGAAACUUUCAAGAUACUAUUUCGUACCUUUACGUUGUCUAACCAAUAAUAGUUUAGUAGAAAGUACAUACAUUUACAUACAGGUCAACAACAUAAUAAGCGCGUGCACAAGUACGUACCAGUUGAAAAACUCGUCAAGGAAAGAAAAUAUGAAAAAAAGUAGCGGUACAAUUUUAAAGUAAUUUUGCAAGGGGGUCUGAGAUAUCAGUUAAUUUUGGAAAUGGGGUGUCGUGUCCAAAAUAGUUUGGGAAUCUCUGUAUUAAAUUAUUAAUGAAACAAAAUUAUCAGGUUACUAAACUACUAAUCUCACGGGCACGCAACAGAUAUUUUGUCCAUCCUGGUGGGGGAUCGUUAACGGUUCCUAGCCAACUUACUCCAUGACUCCAAUGGGCGACGUAACAAGCACAUUGUAUCUCCUCUUCUUCGACCCGCGGCAAAAGUUUGACAUCUGACUGGCGGCACUGUUGAACAUUGCGUAGAAUGAGCCCUUCUAUACGGCAUUGCUCUAUACCUUGGAUCUUUCAGGACUUGCGUAGAGUUCCAGAUCUAUCAGAGAUAUCGGUCUUGAGGUCACGGUGGAGAUGCGUAGAAACGUGGAUUUUCUCUUGAGGCCGAUAAAAUGCAGUUCAUAUUUUCUUUAAAAUGCAAGUGUAAGUAUAGGUAUGUGCAGUUUUUAACUGGCUAACAGUGGCAAUUACAUUUUAUUAAUAGUGGGGGAAACGGGCAAGAGGCUCACGGGAUUGGGAGUGGUAAGGCCGCCCAUGAACAUCCGCAACAACAGGGGUCAAGAGAUGCGUUGCCGGCCUUUAAGAUGGGAGUCUGCUCAUCAACCGUCUCAAAAAAGUCUUAGUAUCGACGCGUCGAUACUGAGAAUUUUUUGGUUCUUAGACAUCAUGAAAUGAUAAAGUUUGAAACAGGACACCUUUCUGUUGUUAUGCCUUCUAAUCGGUUAAGUCGAGUUCGUAAGUCUUUUAUUGGGCGAUGUAUAUGCUUCUACAAUAUGAUCCUGGGAUCAUAUUUUCUGGAAAAUGUACAAAAAAAUGUGUUACGAAAUUUAAAAGAAUGGUUAAAAAACGUUUAUGUGGGAAAGGUUACUAUAGCAUAAACGAUUUUAGGCUCACCCUCAGGCUCUUUAAUUAUAGUGUUUAUUGUAGGAUAUUAGAUUGUUAUCCAUAUUUUUAAUUUUAAAAAAAAGCUCGCUGAGCUUCAUGCGCUCGUUCUCAGGUCUCUGUUUUUGACGUUUAAUAAGUGGUUUUGAAUAAAAAUAUUUGAAUUUGUGUAAGAAGAAAGCCAAAACAAAAUCAGUCCUAUAAAUAUAUCGUAUAAAAGUUAUAAUUACGUACGUAGUAGACAUAUUGGGAGUUAUCGUUUAGCGUUACUUCUCUGUCAAAAAGACAAAAUGAUCUAUGUCAACUUGUCCACAACUUGGGUGUAAAAUAUUUCGUCUUAGAAUAGGCUAACGUUAGUGUGAGUACAGACCUGACUGACAUCUGUAGUAUUAAUAAUGGCAGUAAUCAUUUAUUUUAGGAUUAAUAGAUGGCGUUAUCAAAUCAUAAGAUGCAUUCUCAUUAUUAAUUUUAAUGUUUUCAAUCGCAAAACAAGAAACCUUUUCCAUAUUUGUAUACUAUUUAAACAUUUUACUCUUCUUCACAUAAGCGCCUCCACUGAAAGUCGGACAUAUUAUUUAAUAAAAAUUUUGAACUCUUGUCUUUCUUUAGUUACAAAUUCUCUACGUAAUUUAUUGUUACGACGAUCAUAAUCAAAUGAAUUCAUAUCAUUUUUAUAUCAUGGAUGACUUCAUCAGGUCUGUCCUAACUUUAACAUUGAGUAGGUAGUCUUUUGACUUCAUAAUAAUGUUUAUCAUUUUAUUUUUGACUAACUAAUGUGAAUGUCUGUUGAAUAUUGAUGUAUUAAAUAUAUUUUAUACAA